AUGGCUGAAAAUCUUCACCGUGCCAUCGGUGGCUUAUCACUGGAUGAUGAAGACCCAAUUGUGCUUCCGGACAAUCCCAAGUUCAAAGUUUUUGAUGAGAACGCUACUAGCCUCAUGGGCCGGCUUCUCAACCCGGAUUGUCAACCAAUGGCGAGGAUGAUUGAGUAUAUGCCGCGAGCCUGGCGGGUUUUUGACCGUGUAAGGGGAAUUGCUCUAUCCCGAGAUAGAUUCCAGUUUGUUUUCCAAAAAGAGGAAGAUCUACUCACGGUUCUAAAGGAUAGGCCCUGGUCCUAUAACCAUUGGACGAUGGUGCUGGAGAGAUGGACCCCCAAUCCACCACCGGACUUUCUUUCCUCCUUUGAGGUUUGGAUCCGUAUUAAACACAUUCCUAUCAACUAUUAUACUGUGGAGACAAUGUUCGAAUUGGCUAAAGCCAUUGGGCAUGUUGAGGAGAUUGCUUACGAUCCCAAAGUAUCUCAGAAGACAGAGUAUGUUCGUGCCAGAGUCACUUUUGAUGCCUCGAAACCUGCCCGCGAAGCGAGGAAUCUAUCUCUGCCCACAGGAGAAACUGUCCUCAUAGAAUACGAUUACGAGAAACUUCAUAAGAAGUGUUUUCACUGUUUCCGGCUCACUCAUGAAAAAGCUAUGUGCCCGAUGGUACGGAAGCCAUCAGGAUAUGGGAAAGCUUCCAUGCAGAGGAAAGGGGCAGAUCUUCAACGGACGGAUGUUAACACUGCAGGCCCUUCCCAGCAGGUUCCUUCUACGGCGAAGUCUCCGACUAAGGGUAACAUUACAUCUGGGCCCUCUCAGCUGUUGUUAGCAGGUCCUCCGGGGUUUCCUCCCCUGUUUCCGGAACUAUCCAAACAAGAUCAGGUUAUGGCGAUGCAAUAUAUAUCCCAUGCCAAUGAGACUGAAAGGAGAGCGAGGAUAGGCAGAGUUAGACAAGCGAUAGAGGACUCGGCCUCAGAGUCAUCAGCGCACCAAACAAAAAUAUCGCACGAUCUGAACAAGAACAAGGGGCACGUUUUUGGUUACAAUGAGACUCAGGAACAACCAAAAAGAGCUCAUACCAAGCCAUCUCUUUCGGCGCCGACUCAAGCCGGUUCAAACAGCCUCGAUGGUGAAGUGGUUUCGUCAUGCAAUUUAUCUGUUCCUCUCCCUGAUAUGGUUUCAACGGGUUUUAGUAUGGGAUCCUCAUGUGGUACCUCAUACACCGGGAACCUUAAAUCGGGUAAGAAGAGUAGAAAGCGACCACCCUCAUGGAAGAGACACCCCAGAACAAACAUUAAGGACUCUGGAAACGAUGAAGUUCGGGUGGAAAUAGCUCCUCCUCCUGAUGGCUCCGCUAAACGCAAAUCUGCUGCAGAACUUACAGUUCCGAUUAACAAAACCCCAAAAACCAACAACGAAACGGUGGCUUCCGAUUUGAAGCCGCUGCAAUCCCAAUGA